AAUUAACAAUGUCUCUAGAAUAACUACAAUGUAUAGAAGAUGAUAGACAAUAUUAUCAAUCAAUAAGUAAAUCGACCAACCAACAAUCACACUAAUCUAUGGCGACCUUGUAAUCAGAUCAGUCAAUUGAAUCAUUGGAAAAAUUGGUAUCGCAAGAUAUUGCAAAGGAUUCGAACUUGAAACUUGAAUUGGAUCAAUUUAUUGGGUUAUUAUAGAAAGUGAAGCCAUCAAAUUUGAAAAAUGAGCUCUCUGUUGUUAUGAGUACGGAGCAAGAGGAAUAUUAUAGUUUUCAAUAAAAAUAGCCUUUGGAUAAAAAGGAGAUAAUGUUUGAAGGAUUUCAGAAAUGCUACUUUGAGGCAAUAAAAUUAAUUGGCAAUCUAAUAAGAGAUUCAAAAGAGUAAAAUUAUAUCAUCUCUUAUUUGGAGAAGAUGCAAAUGAUUUAUGUAUACAUAAAAUUGCAAUAAUUAGAUUAUGCAUAUAUAGAGCUAUUAAGGCAUGGAAAAAUCCAUGAAUCUCUUAAAUAGUUUAAAGCAAACUCUAAUUGAUGCUGAUUAAGAAAUCACUCUAUUGCAUAAUCAAACAGCAGAACAGCAAUCUAUUCUGUAGAAGAUGCAACAGCAACUCAAGCAAAAUAUGAGUGAACUCAAUUAAGAACGUUUAAAUUCAUUGGAUUUAUAAUAAAAGAAUUAGCAAUUAAAGCAUAUGAUAUUGGUAGCCAAUAAAUAGUUUGAGUCAUUACAAGAGAAACUGUUAUAAACAGAACAGGAAUUGAAUGAGAUUGUUUCAACAUAGAGUCAACAGAUCAAAUAAUUAGUUUAAACCAAUAAAAAUUUGAGAGAGGCUAUCGUGUUCAAUGAGAAGAAAUAAGAAAAUCCAACUAAAGUUAGUUCUUCUCCAUUGAAUUCAUAAAGGAGCACCUGCAAUAGCAAUUAAGAGAAUCAAUAUAAUCAACUUAAUAAUUAAAUAACUAUUCAUUCAUAAAGAACUUAAAAUUUAGAUAAAAACAACUCGAACACAUCUCCUUAAUUAUCAUAUAGAUGUGCAUCCAAUAAAAGGGAAUGGAAUAAAUGUACGAAAAUAUUUAAAUGA